GGAUGGACAGAAAUUAGGUUCUGGAAGGAUAUUUGUUUGGGAGAUCUUUAGAUUGGUGAUUCAUCCUGAUGCAACUAUAGCUCUUUGUAAAGGUUGACAGAGUUUGGAGCAUCCCUUUUAGAAGGAAUUGUGAAGGUCCGAGAGUUUAGAGGACUUGAUUCAGCUUAUCACCAGAUUUAGAAGGUAGCAACUGGCUGACCAGUGGGAAAGACUUUUUGAGAUGGCUCAUGAUAGAAAGGGCUUAUAGGUUAAAUCAAGUGGACUUUGUUGUUGAUGAUCACGUCAGUGGUGAUGAAGAAGAGGGCACAGUGGUGGAACUCAGAGCAGUAGAUGAAAAUGCAAUUGGAGGAAGUUCCAGUGAGGAAGCACUUCACCAGGUGCAUGAUGUCAAGUUGGAUCAAGACCUUCCUGAAAGGGCAGACCUUUUAUUAGAAGAAGCACAAUCUCUAGAUAAUUCAAAUUCAGAUGAACCUUACGUUGGCCUGGAGUUUGAAUCCGAAGCCGCAGCUCAUGCAUUUUAUAAUGCAUAUGCAACAAGAGUGGGUUUUAUCAUCCGUGUUAGCAAGCUUUCGCGAUCUAGGCGCGAUGGCUCCGCCAUUGGUCGAGCACUAGUUUGCAACAAGGAGGGUUUUAGGAUGCCUGAUAAGCGGGAAAAGAUUGUGCGACAGAGAGCAGAAACUAGAGUUGGUUGCAGAGCAAUGAUAUUAGUUAGAAAAAUAAGCUCCGGAAAAUGGGUUGUCACAAAAUUUGUCAAGGAGCACUCUCAUCCAUUGUGCCCAGGCAAAGGUCGUAGGGACUUGAUCUAUGAUCAAUAUCCGAACGAGCAUGACAAAAUUCGGGAGCUAUCUCAACAACUGGCAGCUGAGAAAAAGCGAUCUGCAACAUAUAAGAGGCAUUUGGAUAUGAUAUUCGAGCACAUUGAGGAGCACAAUCAAUCUCUGUCCAAGAAGAUCCAAGAUAUUGUACACAAUGUGAGGGAGUUGGAGUCCAGAGAUCAACAACAUCAUAGAUAAUUUUAGCUCAAUUUGCCUUUGUUGAUAUUAGCGUAGAACCUAAAUUAAGUAAAGAUCCUAAUGAUUACUGUCUUGGCUUUUUUCCUCUCCCUGUUCUUUUCAUUUUCUUUGGGAAGAGCAUGAAAAUUUAAAACCAGUUCAUAUCUUGUUCACUUUUCCUUUUUGGGUAGAAUUGUGGAAAUGUAGGAAAAAUUGGUACAGGAUGUCUGCUUCUGGUGCAUCCAUUGUAACAUUCUUUUGGGAGAAGUCCAUUUCAUCUUUCCAGUUCUUUUAGAUAUAGUAAACUGUAUUUCAGCUUUUCUUUGGAUGCUUCAAGGAUUACUCUGAGAAGGUCUGUGUACACUCUAUUCUUCUCAGACACCAUUUGUUGGGAUUA